AUGAUGGCGGAGCAGGUGAAAUGCGCCUCGGCGGGGGGCGGCUCCGGAGCGGGCUCCGGGCCGGUGGUGAACGCGGAGCUGGAGGUGAAGAAGCUGCAGGAGCUGGUGCGCAAGCUGGAGAAGCAGAACGAGCAGCUGCGGAGCCGGGCGGCCAGCGCGGCCGCCGCCCCGCACCUGCUGCUGCUGCCGCCGCCGCCGCCCGCCGCGCCGCCCCCCGCCGGGGCCUGCAGCCCGUUGGGUCCGCGGAGCCCCCCGGCCGCCCCCACCGCCUCGGGGGGCCUGGGGCUCGGGCUGGCGCUGGGCUCCGGGGGCGGGGGCGGCGGCGGCGGCGGCGGCGGCUCCGGCCCAGCGUUCCCCGGAACCUUCUGCCUGCCCAGCCCGGCGCCCUCUCUGCUCUGCAGCCUGGCGCAGCCCCCCGAGGCGCCUUUCGUCUACUUCAAGCCGGCCGCGGGCUUCUUCAGCGCGGGCAGCGCCGGGCCGGAGCCGGGGGCCGCGGGGACGCCGCCGGGGGCAGCCGCCGCGCCACCCUCGCCGCCCCCCACGCCGCUGGACGAGGUGGAGCCGCUGGACCUGGAGAGCGUGGCCGCCUGGCGGGACGAGGACGACUACACCUGGUUAUACGUUGGCUCUUCAAAGACGUUCACCUCAUCAGAGAAAUCCCUGACUCCUUUGCAGUGGUGUAGACAUGUCCUAGAUAACCCAACUCCUGAGAUGGAAGCCGCGAGACGUUCUCUGUGCUUUAGACUGGAGCAAGGUUACACUUCCAGGGGCUCCCCUCUCAGUCCCCAGUCAUCUAUCGACAGUGAGCUGAGCACUUCAGAACUGGAGGAUGAUUCUAUCUCCAUGGGAUAUAAGUUACAGGACCUCACUGAUGUUCAGAUCAUGGCUCGUCUGCAAGAAGAAAGUCUUAGGCAAGAUUAUGCUUCCACUUCAGCAUCCGUGUCAAGACAUAGUUCCAGUGUGUCCUUGAGUUCAGGAAAAAAAGGGACAAGUAGUGAUCAAGAAUAUGACCGAUACAGUCUGGAGGAUGAAGAAGAAUUUGAUCAUUUGCCACCACCUCAGCCUCGUCUUCCAAGAUGUUUACCUUUCCAAAGAGGAAUUCCCCACUCACAGACUUUCUCCAGCAUUCGGGAGUGUAGGAGGAGCCCCAGUUCCCAGUAUUUUCCUUCAAAUAAUUACCAGCAGCAACAGUAUUAUUCUCCUCAAGCCCAAACUCCAGAUCAGCAGCCAAAUAGGACCAGUGGAGAUAAGCUCCGAAGAAGUAUGCCUAAUCUCGCCCGAAUGCCAAGUACAACCACUGUUAGCAGCAACGUUAGUUCUCCAGUCACCGUGCGAAACAGUCAGAGUUUCGACUCAAGCUUGCAUGGAGCUGGAAAUGGAAUUUCAAGAAUACAAUCUUGUAUUCCAUCACCAGGACAGCUGCAACACAGAGUCCACAGUGUGGGACAUUUCCCAGUGUCUGUCCGACAGCCUCUUAAAGCCACAGCCUAUGUGAGUCCAACCGUUCAAGGCAGCAGUAAUAUGGCUUUAUCCAACGGCUUACAGUUAUAUGCCAACACAGGAAUCCCCACACCAAACAAAGCUGCAGCUUCUGGAAUAAUGGGUCGCAGUGCACUUCCGAGACCUUCAUUGGCAAUAAAUGGGAGUAAUCUGCCUCGAAGCAAAAUUGCACAACCUGUUAGAAGUUUCCUCCAGCCUCCAAAGCCUCUGUCUUCACUCAGCACUCUGAGGGAUGGAAAUUGGAGAGAUGGUUGCUACUGAUGCAGUUUUAUAUGCCCCUUGAAGAAUGGGAAAGAAGUGAAACAUGAGGGUUGUGUUACCUAGCUGGCUGGGUAACAGCGGAUGUUGGGAUAUUCUUUCCCUUUUGCAUUUUAAUAUAUUUACUGCAUUGUUUUUCAAUGGACCAGUCACCAGAGACUAAUUAUUGCACUUAAAUAUUUGCCUGAGAUACUGCAACAUUCUCAAAUCCAUGAUUGCAGUAUUGUGACGCUUAGAUCUAGGAAGUUUUUGUAGAACUGCUCUGUACCUGAAUACUUUUUGAGAGAAUUGAGAUGUAUCAAUAAUGCUUUGCCAUAUGAGUUUUUUUAAAGUAACUUGUUCAAUUUACUUACGUGUUCUAAACAUCUUUCCAUUACAUGUUCUGUAUUUUAAUACAUUGCAUAUUUACAACUAGGUUCUAUAAUGUAUGCUUUGAAAUUUACUUUUUUAUAGUUUACAGGAAUUUUAUUUUUUGUGCCUAUUUCUUUUUACACCUAUGUGAACCACUAUGGAACAACUUAAAUUUUGUGCCAUAAAAAUAUUUUUGUGGUAAGGUACUAUUUUUUUAGCUCUAGGGAUAUAUCAGCAAAAAUACAUCAUACAAUUUGAGAGACAUAACUUUGUGUUGAAUGAGCACAACAUCAUCUGAAGCAUUGCAAGGAGAUAGCCAGACAGCAGAGUUAAAUGGUCUUGUCUUUUUCAUUGUUAAUUUAUUGUCAUACAUGGGUUUCAUAUUUAUAACAGCAUCACAAGCUCAUUGCACUUAAUACCUGCAAUGUUUGCUACUGUACCACAAUUGAUUUUCAAUACUUUAUUACAAAGGAUGAAACUGUAAUGUUUUAUUAACAAUGCUUCUGGAAAUGAAUGCAUUUUAAAGCAAAUAAAUCUUUUUGAUAGACCUUUUACAAAAUCCAUUUGCACUAAUGAAUGCUUUCUUAUGGCAUAUGACUUAAUAUUUGUUACUGUGUACACUGCUGUUUUGGAAUGUUCAGAAAUAAAGACUCUAUUUCAGCAA